GUCUGGGGAUCAGUUUUCACAGACAAAGCAGGCAGAGUGGAGCCUGGUGGACAGAGAGGCUGACACUGAGCCAGCUUUCCUCUGGACACUCCCCAUCUCCCUAUGCUGGGCUAGUGGUCUCAGGACACACCCUGAGCGUCCUAUGUUCUGGAGCUUUCUACUGGGCCUGCUACCUCCAACAGACUCCCAUCUCUGGAGGCCUUUCUGGGGGCCAGCUAUCUUUGGGCACUCCCUAAUUCUAGUCUGGUCUAGAGCCCUUUCCUGGACUGGCUCUCACCAAACAUCACCAAUCUAUUCUGGAGCUCUUCACAGCAGUGGCAGCCCCAACUGAGCCAGGGCAAAGACCUAAAGGAGCGGUCUACAAUUUGGAUAUCCCCAAGUGCAUGUGUCAAGGCUGUUCAUGGAUUCUCCCCAAAGCUUGUUUGUCAAGGGUGACAAGGACCUCCAGGUGAUGAAGGCGGGGGCCAUGUUGAAGAAGGUCAAGUCCAACUCGUGGAAGAAGCAGCGGCAUUUCCGGCUACAGGAGGACGGCCAGACCAUCUGGUACAAGUCCAGGUGGGCAGGAACAGGCCACUCCACAUUCUCUGUGGCUGAUGUUGAGGUGGUGCGUGAAGGUCACCAGUCGGAGGUCCUGCUGAGCGUCGCUGAAGAGUUCCCCGCUGACCUCUGUUUCACCCUGGUGUUCCGUGGUCGCCGUGGCAACCUGGACCUGGUGGCAGAGUCACCUUCUGAGGCGCAGGCCUGGAUCCGGGGUGUACGCAAGCUGAUCCAGAAUGCUGAGAGUAUGGAUGACAAGGAGAGGGUUGACCAAUGGAUCUGGGACUGGUUUCAGAAGGCGGACAAAAACAAGGACGGACGGAUGAACUUCAAGGAGGUGCGCACACUGCUGAAGAUGAUGAACGUGGACAUGAACGAGGAGUACGCUCUUCACCUCUUCACGUUGGCAGAUAAGUCAGAGUCAGGUUGUCUGGAGAACAAGGAGUUUGUCCAGUUCUAUAAGAUGCUGACGGAAAGGCAGGACAUGUGGCGGGUAUUCCAGGACUACUCCCAAGACGGACAGAUGUUAACCCUUGCUGAGCUGAAGGACUUCCUGAGGCAGGAGCAACAGGAGGGGGCGAGGAGUCGGGAGCAUGCCCAGGAGCUGAUUGACCGCUAUGAGCCGUCAGAGACCGCCAAGAAACAGGGGGCCAUGUCUAUAGAUGGCUUUCAGAUGUACCUGGUCUCUCCAGAGGGCGCCAUCUUGGAUCCUCAGCGGCUGACCCUGCACCAGGACAUGAGCCAGCCCCUCAGCCACUACUUCAUCUGCUCCUCCCACAACACCUACUUGAUGGAGGACCAGCUCCGAGGACAGAGCAGCCAGGAGGCCUACAUCCAGGCUCUAAAGCGGGGCUGUCGUUGUGUUGAGGUGGACUGUUGGGACGGGCCGAAUGGAGAGCCGGUUGUUUAUCACGGCCACACCUUCACCUCCAAGAUCCUCUUCAGAGACGUCAUCACCACGCUGGGAGAGUACGCCUUCAAGGCAUCUGAGUUCCCUGUCAUCCUGUCCCUGGAGAACCACUGCAGCGUGGAGCAGCAGAGGGUCAUGGCCCAGCUCCUGGACACCAUCCUGGGGGACAUGCUGCUCAGGGCACCCCUGGACGGACUGGUUCCCCAAGAGCUGCCCUCUCCCCAGGAUCUGAAGGGAAAGAUCCUGCUGAAAGCAAAGAAGAUUGGCAGCCUAGAAGAAAGUGAAACGCUGACCGAUGAGGCCACUGAUGAGGUCAGCGAUGAGGCUGAACCUGAGAGCCCGUCUGCAGAAAACCUGUCUGCAGAGGCCCUUUGUCUCCAUGAUAAGAAAUUCAAGUUCUCUAGGGAACUCUCGGAUCUGGUGGUGUACUGCAAGAGUGUCCAUUUUCACAGCUUUGAGUACUCUCGCCUGCACUCCAAGUGCUACGAAAUGUCAUCUUUCUCUGAAUCCAAGGCCAGGAAACUUGCAAAGGACACAGGGACGGAGUUUGUGCAACACAACAGCAGACAGCUUAGCAGGGUCUAUCCCAGUGGCAUGAGGACCGAUUCCUCCAACUACAACCCACAGGAGCUGUGGAACGUGGGUUGUCAGAUAGUGGCUCUGAACGUCCAGACGGCUGGGCUGGAGAUGGAUCUGAAUGAUGGGCUCUUCAGUCAGAAUGGCGGCUGUGGCUACGUCCUCAAACCUGACUUCAUGAGGAAUGAUGACUCUUUUGACCCAGAAAGACCCCAGGACCGGGAUGGCUACGCAUCACUCCAACUGUCUAUCCAGGUAAUCAGUGGGCAGCAGCUACCAAAGGUGAACCAGAAGGAGGGCUCCAUCGUUGACCCUCUGGUUAGAGUGGAGAUCUACGGAGUAUCACAAGACCAAGCCAAGCAAGAGACUAGUUACAUUGACAACAACGGUUUUAACCCUUUGUGGAACGAGACCCUCAAUUUUAUCGUCCACGUCCCAGAGUUGGCCCUAGUGCGUUUUGUGGUGGAGGACUAUGACAAGGCCUCCAGGAAUGACUUCAUGGGCCAGUUCACCGUGCCCUUCACCUGUAUUCAGCCAGGAUAUCGGCACAUCCACCUUCUGUCCAAAGACGGAACGGCUAUCCCUCUGUCUACUCUGUUUGUCAAUGUCAAGAUCUCUGAGGUAACAACAGAAGUCUGAUGGCCCAAUGAUUGGCUGAAUAACAUGCUGCAAACUCCAACCACAUGGGAGGGCUACAAUACCUCAUGAUUGCUGUCACUUUCAACAAAUUAACUGUUAUCAGUAUUAAAAGAUAAAUCUAUAUGAACUGCUUUAGAGUAUUUCUGCCUAAAUACCAAUUUCUGUUCAAGCAAACAUCAGUGGGGCCUCACACUGAUGAAAGAUGAAAAUACACUUGCCUAGACAGCAUUACCUGGGAAUUCACAGCAUUUAAGUGAUUUUUUGCCCAUUUCCCCAAUAUAAAGUAUUUUAAAAUAAUCUUUUUUUACUUGUAUGUCAUGGGAAUGCAUUAAAGCAAUGUUCAAUAGCCUUGGCUGAUCAAACUGAUAUAACAACUGACAUACUGCAGGGCUCACAAGUCAUUUUAGAGUAAGAGACUAUGCAAUGACCUUUGUGUUUUUAUAUCAGUGUUUCAUAACCAUUCAAGUAUUCAACAUUUGCAUUGUGUGCUGGUAGAGUAACUUAACUGCAUAAACAAUUAGUCCUCCAUCGAAACAUUUCUAUAGACAUUUUAUACAGUUCCUCAAAGUGUGGCAUGAAACUAUAUCGGUAUCUCAUGCAUCAUGUUGUAAAAGUAUUAUAUUGUAAUGUAUGAAUGUGCAUAGAGCUCUGUAAAUAAAGAGAAAUUAAAGACC